AGGGUGCUGUAGUUCCAUAGUGAAAAUAUUGCCAGUCUAUUUGAAUCCAGUAUAACUUUCAACACUGAAUGAUAUAGUUAUAUAUUUUAAAAGAAAGCAGGUUUUAUGUUUAAAGAUAAAGCUGUGUUGGUUGCUAUGUGGGGAAGUAUGAUUUAAGAUUUGUUUAUUGUUUGUAAUUUUUUUCUUUCCAAGGGUAAAGUCUAUGAACGAAGAAUUGAAUAUAACUCAAACAGUAGAAAGAAAACUGAUCUACCAAAACUUCAUUAAAGAAUACCUAUCAAGAAGGAAUCUUGCAGGUAAAAGCAUGUUUCUGACAGCUAAUUUUUAAAAAGUGAAAAAUUGGACAACAGUAGUGGUUGUAUUAUUUCAAAAGAAUUACUAAAAUGUUGUCCUCAUUGACAGAUCCAGGUUGCAAUGAUGAUGUAAAUGGAAGUGAAGAAUGGCUGCAAAGAAACUUAGCAAGUUUCUCAAUAUUUGCAACACUUUCAGAACUGAAAAACAUGAAUGACAAUUUUUCUGCAGGGGCUGUCAUAGAUUUGCUCACAAUUCAACAAAAAGCACAGCUCAUACUGGACCCGGGCAGUGGAGCUUUGGAGAAUGUGACCCUCGUAAAAGGCCUGCUCACAAACUUGACACAGUCCGGCGAUGUGGGGCAGCUUACUCAGUUUUUCCAGGCUUUUGCACAGGUCAACAAACAGAUGAAUACGACCUUCAUCAAAAACACAGCUGUACGAGACACAAUCUUGAACCUGACUUUGACAGCUCUUGCUCCAGAAUUUGAGACAUUCGAGCCUCUAGACUUUGAGCUGUGGUUCCAGCAGUAUUUGCCUCCUGUUCUAGCCAGCUUCCAACCAGACAGCUUGAGGGUGAUCCCCAUAAACAUCAGCUGUGCAUCCUAUACAGCCAUGUAAGAGACAGUUCUCAAAGACAGAAGAAAUGUUGGCCAUUUCUGAAUCCCUGUUUCCAGUAAAAUUCACAAAUGCAUUUUUUUCUUCCCUUCAGACUUACUGGUCUGCAGCAAAGUUUGACAUUCCUGCCAUUGGACCUUUCAAUGGGCGUAAAAGCAAGCAUACAGUUGAUCCAAGAUACAUUCCCACGUACGUGCCACAGAAGCUCUGC